GUCUCUACAGACACAGUCUCUCUUAGUACUAAAUAACCCAUAUUCUCGAUUUCUCUCAAAACAACCAAACAACGUCAACAUCAUCUCUCAAACCAAGAAGAAAAAGGGUCUUCAAUGGAACCAACACAAAGCUCCCUAUGGUCAUCUCAUUUCUACCCUGAAAAAACCCCAAACCCUGACGAUGAAAGGGAGCCGAUGUUCGAGAAACCCUUAACCCCCAGCGACGUCGGGAAGCUGAACCGGCUCGUUAUCCCCAAGCAGCAGGCGGAGAAGUACUUUCCACUCGGAGGUGACUCGGGUGGAUUGCUUAUGAGUUUCGAAGACGAGUGGAGCAAGUGUUGGAGUUUCCGUUACUCGUACUGGAACAGCAGCCAGAGCUACGUGUUGACCAAAGGCUGGAGCAGAUAUGUCAAAGAGAAUAAACUCGAUGCUGGUGAUAUUGUUUUGUUUCAACGACACCGUCUGGAUUGUAGUAGGUUGUUUAUAGGGUGGAGGAGGCGCGGUGCUCCGGAGGUGGCGGCAACGGAGUAUGGCGGAAAAGCCGGUGGGGAUGAGCGGUGGGGAUUAUCUCACGUCCAUCCUUAUCUUGGGCACAUUCAAGGCCUUGGGGCUAAUGUGCCAUACCAAUCCGACCGUCUUCAUGCAGGAAGCAUGAUUCAAAAUGGAGGAGGAGGUGGUGGGAAGCCAAAGAGGCUGCUACGGCUAUUCGGGGUGGACGUCGACGUUGAGUGCCACCUUGAUGUCUCCGAACCAUCCACGUCGGAAAGCUCAUCGGUGUUGAGUCGGGGUCCGACCACCCACCUGUUUUACUCUCAGUCCUAAACUUAAAGAUUGGACGGCAACUGGGUAAGCAAUGCACAUAUUCUCAUAGGCUAUUUCAGUGGGGAAUUUACAUCUAUUUGGAAACGUGCACGUCUCUGCUUUUAAAUCUGAUUUCUUUUUUUCAGUUAGUUAUAUAUUGUAUU